AUGGCGCCGUCGCCACCGCCCGUGCUGCCCGCGCUGGUGCUCCUGGCCGCCGCCGCCGCCGCCCUGCCGGCUCUGGGGCUACCAGCGGCUGCUUGGGAGCCGCGCGUGCCCGGCAGGGCCCGCGCCUUCGCGCUCGGGCACGGCUGGACCUACGCAUUGGAUGCUGCGCGCACGCCCCGGGCAUUGCGGGAACUGCUGGACGUGAGCCGCGAUGGGCUGCUGACCGGACGGCGGCGCGGGCUGGACGCGGGGCUCCGGGGAUGCGCGCGCUUGUUGGGGCGGCCGCUGCCGCUGCAGGUCCGUCUGGCCAUGCCGGGCGCCCAGACGGCUCAGAGCCCGCUGCUGCUGGCGAGCACCCCCGGCCCCGGCUGCGGCUCCCGGCUGCGGCGCCGAUCKGUCCCCGGUGCGGAGCUGCGAGCGUGGACACUGCGCUCGGUUCCUGGGCUCAGCAGGGCUAUCUGCUUCCCGGAUCCUGGCGGCAGCGCGGCUCCAUUUCACUCGGUGCUCACAGUCCUUACCACCUUCCCCGCCUGCAGCUGCCCACUGCGACCUGGGUCCCGUUGCSCGUGCCGCCUCCUUUGCCUGCCGCAGGGCGACUCGGCCAGCCUGCGCUUCCUGUGCGCUCUGCAGCGUGCRGCCGGCGCCGUCCAGGUUGAGCAGGGUUUGGAGAUGACCGCGGGGACGCCCUCAGCGUCGCCGCCGCCGCCAACGCCRUCUCCAAUCCGGCCCCAGGCCAGGGCGGGAGCCGCGCGGCGGGCCCGGCGGGGCGCGGGCAGCAGCACGAGUCCGCAGUUCCCGCUGCCCAGCUACCAGGUGUCGGUGCCCGAGAACGAGCCAGCGGGUACAUUGGUCAUCGAACUGCGUGCGCUGGACCCCGACGAAGGUGAGGCGGGGCGCCUGACCUACCAGAUGGAGGCGCUCUUCGACGAGCGCUCCAAUGGCUACUUCCUCAUCGACUCUGCCACCGGCGCGGUGAGCACGGCCCGCGCGCUGGACCGCGAGACCAAGGACACUCAUGUGCUCAAGGUUAGUGCCGUGGACCACGGCUCCCCACGGCGCUCGGCCGCCACCUACCUCACCGUUACAGUUAGCGACACCAACGACCACAGCCCGGUCUUCGAGCAGUCUGAGUAUCGCGAGCGUGUGCGUGAGAACCUCGAAGUGGGCUACGAGGUGCUGACCAUUCGUGCCACCGAUGGUGACGCGCCCUCCAAUGCCAAUAUGCGCUACCGCCUGUUGCAGGGUGCGGGUGGCGUCUUUGAAAUUGAUGCACGCUCGGGAGUAGUGCGCACCCGGGCAGUGGUGGACCGGGAGGAGGCUGCUGAGUACCAAUUGCUGGUGGAGGCCAACGACCAGGGACGCAACCCAGGCCCGCUCAGCGCGACGGCCACCGUGCACAUCUUAGUGGAGGACGAAAACGACAACUACCCUCAGUUCAGUGAGAAGCGUUAUGUGGUUCAGGUGCCCGAAGACGUGGCGGUGAACACYGCUGUGCUGCGUGUGCAGGCCACUGAUAGGGACCAGGGUCAGAACGCGGCCAUCCACUACAGCAUCAUCAGUGGGAACCUGAAGGGGCAGUUCUACCUGCAUUCUCUGAGCGGGAGCCUCGAUGUGAUCAACCCGCUGGACUUCGAGGCCAUCCGAGAGUAUACACUUAGAAUCAAGGCCCAGGAUGGGGGCCGGCCUCCCCUCAUUAAUUCCUCGGGGCUGGUCUCUGUGCAGGUGCUGGACGUUAAUGACAACGCGCCCAUCUUUGUGAGCAGCCCCUUCCAGGCCGCAGUGCUGGAGAACGUGCCUCUGGGCCAUUCCGUGCUGCACAUUCAGGCGGUUGAUGCAGAUUCGGGUGAGAAUGCCCGUCUGCGCUAUCGCCUGGUGGACACAGCCUCUGCUGCCCUGGGGGGCGGCAGUGCUGGCUCUGAGGACCCCACCUCCACCCUGGACUUCCCUUUCCAGAUCCACAAUAGCUCGGGUUGGAUCACUGUGUGCGCAGAGCUGGACCGGGAGGAGGUGGAGCAUUACAGCUUUGGGGUGGAGGCAGUGGACCACGGCUCGCCGCCCAUGAGCUCUUCUGCCAGCGUGUCCAUCACGGUACUGGAUGUAAAUGACAAUGACCCAGUGUUCACCCAGCCCACGUACGAGCUGMGAUUGAAUGAGGAUGCAGCUGUCGGGAGCAGCGUGCUGACCCUGCGGGCCCGCGAUCGCGACGCCAACAGCGUGAUCACCUACCAGCUCACAGGUGGAAACACGCGGAACCGCUUUGCGCUCAGCAGUCAGAGCGGCGGCGGCCUCAUCACCCUGGCGCUGCCGCUGGACUAUAAGCAGGAGCGGCAGUACGUGCUGGCGGUGACCGCGUCCGACGGCACGCGUUCGCAUACCGCACAGGUCUUCAUCAACGUCACUGACGCCAACACGCACCGGCCGGUCUUCCAGAGCUCCCACUACACCGUGAGUGUUAGUGAGGACCGGCCGGUGGGCACCUCCAUUGCCACCAUCAGUGCCACCGACGAAGACACGGGGGAGAAUGCCCGCAUCACCUACGUGCUGGAGGACCCUGUGCCACAGUUCCGCAUUGACCCUGACACUGGUACCAUCUACACCAUGACGGAGCUGGACUAUGAGGACCAGGCCGCCUACACACUGGCCAUCACGGCUCAGGACAACGGCAUCCCUCAGAAGUCAGACACCACCUCCCUGGAGAUCCUCAUCUUGGAUGCCAAUGACAACGUCCCCAGGUUUCUGCGAGAUUUCUACCAGGGUUCUGUCUUCGAGGAUGCUCCCCCAUCUACCAGCGUCCUCCAGGUCUCUGCUACUGACCGGGACUCGGGCCCCAACGGCCGCCUGUUGUAYACCUUCCAGGGCGGGGAUGAUGGUGAUGGGGACUUCUACAUUGAGCCAACCUCAGGUGUGAUCCGUACCCAGCGCCGACUGGACCGUGAGAAUGUGGCSGUGUACAACCUCCGGGCUCUGGCUGUGGAUCGGGGCAGCCCUGCUCCCCUGAGUGCCUCUGUGGACAUCCAGGUGUCUGUCUUGGACAUUAAUGACAACCCCCCUGUGUUCGAGAGGGAUGAACUGGAGCUGUUCGUAGAAGAGAACAGUCCAGUGGGGUCGGUGGUGGCGAGGAUACGGGCCAGCGAUCCCGACGAAGGCCCCAAUGCCCAGAUCAUGUAUCAGAUCGUGGAGGGCAAUGUGCCAGAGGUCUUCCAGCUGGACCUGCUGAGUGGGGACCUGCGAGCCCUGGUCGAGCUGGAUUUUGAGGUCCAGAGAGACUAUGUGCUGGUGGUGCAGGCCACAUCGGCCCCGCUGGUGAGCCGGGCCACAGUGYGGGUCCACCUCCUGGACCAGAAUGACAAUCCACCUGAGCUGCCGGACUUUCAGAUCCUCUUCAACAACUAUGUCACCAACAAGUCCAACAGCUUCCCCACUGGUGUGAUUGGCCGCAUCCCAGCGCACGACCCCGACCUGUCGGACAGCCUCAACUACACCUUCCUGCAGGGCAAUGAGCUGGCCCUGCUGCUGCUGGACCCAGCCACGGGUGAGCUGCAGCUCAGUCGGGACCUGGACAACAACCGGCCGCUGGAGGCACUCAUGGAAGUGUCUGUGUCGGAUGGCAUCCACAGUGUCACGGCCCUCUGCACUCUGCGUGUCACCAUCAUCACGGACGACAUGCUGACCAACAGCAUCACCGUCCGCCUGGAGAACAUGUCUCAGGAGAAGUUCCUCUCCCCGCUGCUGUCCCUGUUUGUGGAAGGGGUGGCCACAGUGUUGUCCACCACCAAGGACGACGUCUUUGUCUUCAACAUCCAGAACGACACGGACGUCAGCUCCAACAUCCUCAACGUCACCUUCUCGGCGCUGCUGCCGGGCGGCGUGCGGGGCAGGUUCUUCCCGUCCGAGGACCUGCAGGAGCAGAUCUACCUCAACCGCACGCUGCUGACCACCAUCUCGGCCCAGCGCGUGCUGCCCUUCGACGACAACAUCUGUCUGCGGGAGCCCUGCGAGAACUACAUGAAGUGCGUGUCCGUGCUCCGCUUCGACAGCUCAGCCCCCUUCAUCAGCUCCAGCACCGUGCUCUUCCGGCCCAUCCACCCCGUCAACGGCCUGCGCUGCCGCUGCCCGCCCGGCUUCACCGGGGACUACUGUGAGACGGAGAUCGACCUCUGCUACUCCAGCCCGUGCGGGGCCAACGGCCGCUGCCGGAGCCGCGAGGGCGGCUAUACCUGCGAGUGCUUCGAGGACUUCACGGGGGACCACUGCCAGGUAAAUGCCCGCUCCGGCCGCUGUGCCAACGGCGUGUGCAAAAAUGGGGGCACCUGCGUGAACCUGCUCAUCGGYGGCUUCCACUGCGUGUGCCCCCCGGGUGAGUACCAGCGGCCCUACUGCGAGGUCAGCGCCAGGAGCUUCCCGCCGAGGUCCUUCGUCACCUUCCGCGGCCUGCGCCAGCGUUUCCACUUCACCAUCGCCCUCGCGUUUGCCACCCAGGACAGGGACGCCCUGCUGCUGUACAACGGCCGCUUCAACGAGAGGCACGACUUCAUCGCCCUGGAGAUCGUGGACGGGCAGGUGCAGCUCACCUUCUCAGCAGGUGAGACCACCACCACAGUGGCGCCGCAGGUCCCUGGAGGCGUGAGUGACGGGCAGUGGCACUCGGUGCAGGUGAAGUACUACAACAAGCCCAACAUCGGCCACCUGGGCCUGCCCCACGGGCCAUCUGGAGAGAAGGUGGCCGUGGUGACCGUGGACAGCUGUGACACCGCGGUGGCUGUGCACUUCGGGAGCUACGUGGGGAACUACAGCUGCGCUGCCCAGGGCACUCAGAGUGGCUCCAAGAAGUCUCUGGACCUGACGGGCCCCCUGCUGCUGGGGGGCGUCCCCAACCUGCCCGAGGCCUUCCCUGUGCACAACCGGCAGUUCGUGGGCUGCAUGCAGAACCUGUCCAUCGAUGGCAGCAGCGUGGACAUGGCUGGGUUCAUCGCCAACAACGGCACCAGGGCAGGCUGUGCUGCUCAGAGGGACUUCUGUGACGGGAUCUGGUGCCAGAACGGGGGCACCUGUGUCAACAGGUGGAGCACCUACCUGUGCCAGUGUCCGCUCCGCUAUGGCGGGAAGAACUGUGAGCAAGUCAUGCCCCAUCCCCAGCGCUUCACUGGAGAGAGCCUUGUGUCCUGGAGUGACCUGGACAUCACCAUCUCGGUUCCCUGGUACCUGGGGCUCAUGUUCCGGACCCGCCAGGAGGACGGYGUGCUGAUGGAGGCCACGGCGGGCUUGUCCUCCAGGUUCCUUCUGCAGAUCCUGAGCGACUACGUGCAGCUCCAGGUGUCCCACAGCCCCUCCGACGUGGCGUCCGUGCAGCUGUCCAGGUUUCGCGUGACCGAUGGGGAGUGGCACCACCUGUUGAUAGAGCUGAGGAGCGCCAAGGAGGGCAAGGACAUCAAGUACCUGGUGGCCCUGACCUUGGACUACGGCAUGGACCAGAACAUGGUGCAGAUCGGGAACCAGCUUCCUGGGUUGAAGAUGAGGAGCGUUGUCGUUGGGGGUGUGUCUGAGGACAAAGUCUCCGUGCGCCGCGGUUUCCGGGGCUGUAUGCAGGGAGUGAGGAUGGGGGAGACGGCCACCAACRUCGCCACCCUGAACAUGAAGGAUGCCCUCAAGGUCAGGGUGAAGGACGGCUGCGACGUGGAGAACCCCUGCGCCUCGAGCCCCUGCCCUSUGCACAGCCACUGCCACGACACCUGGGACGGCUACUCCUGCGUCUGUGACAGAGGGUACUUUGGAAGGAAGUGUGUGGACGUCUGCCACCUGAACCCCUGCGAGCACCUGGCGGCCUGCGUGCACUCCCCCACCUCCCCGCGGGGCUACGCGUGCGAGUGCGGGCCCGGCCACUACGGGCAGUACUGCGAGAACAAAAUCGACCUCCCGUGCCCCAGAGGCUGGUGGGGGAACCCCGUCUGUGGCCCGUGCCACUGUGCUGUCAGCCAGGGCUUCGACCCCGACUGCAACAAGACCAAUGGCCAGUGCCAGUGCAAGGAGAAUUACUACAAGCCCCCAGCCCAGGAGGCCUGCCUGCCCUGCGACUGCUUCCCCCACGGCUCCCACAGCCGCGCGUGCGACAUGGACACAGGGCAGUGUGCCUGCAAGCCCGGCGUCAUCGGCCGCCAGUGCAACCGCUGUGACAACCCUUUCGCUGAGGUCACAUCGCUUGGCUGUGAAGUCAUCUACAAUGGAUGUCCCAGAGCGUUUGAGGCUGGCAUCUGGUGGCCGCAGACCAAGUUUGGGCAGCCGGCUGCUGUGCCGUGCCCCAAGGGAUCUGUGGGAAACGCGGUUCGGCACUGCAGCGGGGAGAAGGGCUGGCUGCCCCCCGAGCUCUUCAACUGCACCACGGGCUCCUUCGUGGACCUCAAAGUCACGAACGAGAAGCUCAGCCACAACGAGUCGCGGCUGGACGGCGCGGGGUCCCUGCGGCUGGUGAAGGCGCUGCGCAACGCCACGCGGCUCGGAGGCCUGCUCUUCGGCAACGACGUGCGCACGGCCUACCAGCUGCUGGCCCGCGUCCUGCAGCACGAGAGCCAGCAGCAGGGCUUCGAGCURGCGGCCACGCGGGAAGCCAACUUCCAUGAGGAUGUUGUUCACACGGGCAGUGCCCUCCUGGCCCCGGCCACCCGGGCUGCGUGGGAGCAGAUCCAGCGGGCAGAGGGUGGCGCCGCGCGGCUGCUGCAGCACUUCGAAGCCUACUUCAGCAACGUGGCCCGCAACCUGAGGAGGACCUACCUGCGGCCCUUUGUCAUCGUCACCGCCAACAUGAUUCUUGCAGUUGACGUCUUCGACAAGUUCAACUUCACGGGUGCCCGGGUGCCGCGGUUCGAGGACAUUCAGGAUGAGUUCCCCAGGGAGCUGGAGUCCUCGGUGUCCUUCCCAGCCGACGUCUUCAAACCUCCCGAGAGAAAAGAAGGCCCCGUCGUGAGGCCAGCCUGGAGGGCCACGCUGCCGACGAUGCCACCGGGGCCUGGGACUGAGAGAGAGGGCCACGUCAGCAGGCGCCGGAGACACCCGGAGGAUCCCAGCCAGUUUGCUGUCGCCCUGGUCAUCAUUUACAGGACCUUGGGCCAGCUCUUGCCUGAGCACUACGACCCUGACCGCCGCAGCCUCCGGCUGCCGAACCGGCCGGUCAUCAACACGCCGGUGGUGAGCGUCAUGCUCCACAGUGAGGGGGCCCCGCUGUCCCGCCCCCUGGAGAGGCCAGUCCUGGUGCAGUUCGCCCUGUUGGAGACGGAGGAGCGAACCAAGCCYGUCUGUGUGUUCUGGAACCACUCUCUGGACAUCGGUGGGACUGGAGGCUGGUCGGCCAAGGGCUGCGAGCUCCUGUCCAGGAACCGGACCCACGUGGUGUGCCAGUGCAGCCGGGCCGCGAGCUGCGCGGUGCUCAUGGACAUCUCCAGGCGCGAGCACGGGGAGGUCCUGCCCCUGAAGAUCAUCACCUAUGCCGCCGUGUCCUUGUCCCUGGCAGCCCUGCUGGUGGCCUUCAUSCUGCUCACCCUGGUCCGGACACUGCGCUCCAACCUGCACAGCAUCCACAAGAAUCUCAUCGGGGCCAUCUUCUGCUCCCAGCUGGUCUUUGUGGUCGGGAUCAACCAGACUGAGAACCCGUUCCUCUGCACAGUGGUCGCCAUCCUCCUGCACUACGUGUACAUGAGCACCUUCGCCUGGACACUGGUGGAGAGCCUGCACGUCUACCGCAUGCUGACCGAGGUGCGAAACAUAGACGCCGGGCCCAUGAGGUUCUACUACGUGGUGGGCUGGGGCAUCCCGGCCAUCAUCACAGGACUGGCGGUUGGCCUGGACCCCCAGGGCUACGGAAACCCUGACUUCUGCUGGCUCUCCCUCCACGACAGUCUGAUCUGGAGCUUUGCGGGGCCCAUCGGAGCUGUUAUCAUUAUCAAUACGGUCGUCUUUGCCCUGUCCGCAAAGGUUUCCUGCCAAAGAAAGCACCAUUAUUAUGAGAGGAAAGGGGUCGUCUCGCUGCUCAGGACGGCCUUCCUCCUGCUGCUGCUCAUCAGCGCCACCUGGCUGCUGGGUCUGCUGGCUGUGAACGGCGACUCGCUGGGCUUUCACUACCUCUUCGCGGCCUUCAGUGGCCUGCAGGGUCCCCUUGUGCUCCUGCUCCACUGCCUGCUCAACAGGGAGGUCCGGAAGCACCUGAGGGCAGUGCUUGCUGGGAAGAAGCUGCACCUGGAUGACUCAGCCACCACAAGGGCCACUCUGCUGACGCGCUCCCUCAACUGCAACAACACCUACAGCGAGGGGCCCGACAUGCUCCGCACAGCCCUGGGCGAGUCCACCGCUUCACUGGACAGCACCAGCAGGGACGAAGGGGUCCAGAAGCUCAACGUGUCCUCUGGGCCUGCACGUGGUGGCCAUGGGGAACCGGAUUCCUCCUUCAACCCCAGGAGCUCUAAGAAACCUCAUGGCCCCGACUCGGACUCGGACAGUGAGCUAUCGCUGGACGAGCAGAGCAGCUCCUAUGCCUCCUCACGCUCGUCAGACAGCGAGGACGAUGGGGGGGAGGCCGAGGACACAUGGGCCCCAGCGCAGGGCCCUGUCCACAGCACCCCCAAAGCGGAUGCCCUGGCCAACCACGUCCCAGCUGGCUGGCCUGAUGCGAGCCCCGCAGGCAGCGACAGUGAGGAGGCGGGCACCGAGCCCCACCUGAAGGUGGAGACCAAGGUCAGCGUGGAGCUGCACCGGCAGGAGCAGGGCGACCGCUGCAGCACCCAGCCUUCAGACCGGCCAUCCAUGCCCAGCAGCCAGCCCCCAGAGCAGAGGAAAGGUAUCUUGAAAAACAAAGUCGCCUACCCACCACCACUGCCAGGACCCCCACUGAAGUGCCGGCUGCGGGAAAAGCUGGCCGACUGUGAGCAGAGCCCCGCGUCCUCGCGCACAUCCUCCCUGGGCUCUGGCGAUGGGGUCCGUGCCCCCGACUGUGUAAUCACCAUCAAGACCCCUGGGAGGGAGCCAGGCCGCGAGCAUCUGAAUGGGGUGGCCAUGAACGUGUGUGUGGGGAGUGCCCAGGCUGAAGGCUCCGACUCUGAGUGA